CGCCGGGCCCUGACCCGGCGCCGGCCACGUGACUCUGCCCCCCCCACCCCGCUAACGGUCGGUGUUCUGCGCUCGGUCGUUGCGGUACGCGCUUGUAGGUCUGCGGAGAACUGGGGAUCAAACUCAGUAUCUUGUGCUUGCCACGCUGCUCAGUGCCACUGAGCUACAUCCCCAGCCGGAGUUAACAAAUUUGAUCUAAUCAACUUGAGGACACAAGGCAUGUCAUACUCUGUAGCCCAGGCUGCCCUUGAACUCAGAGCAACCCUUCUGCCUCAGUCCCCGGAGUGCUGAGAUUACAGGCAUGUGCUAUGUCAGGAAUGAGCCUUCCAACUGGCACCAGGAGGGGUCCAGUAUCCUGUGAGGGUCCCUGGAAAGCAAUCAGAGUUGAGAUCCAUGAAAGCAGCAGGAGCAGGAAUUCUAGCCACAGAUAUGCCUCAUCCCAGGAAUUCUGCCCUGCGUCACCUCACCAAGCAGUUAUUACAGCAAUAUCACAAGGAAGUGAGACCAGUUCACAACUGGGGUGAGCCCACCACAGUCUACCUGGACUUGUUUGUCCAUGCUGUGCUGGAUGUGGAUGUACAGAAUCAAAAAUUAAAGACAAGUGUGUGGUACCAUGAGGUUUGGUAUGAUGAAUUUUUAUCCUGGAACUCCAGCAUGUUUGAUGAGAUUAGAGAGAUCUCCCUACCUCUCAAUACCAUCUGGACCCCUGAUAUCGUCAUCAAUGAGUUUAUGGACACUGAAAGAUCUCCUGACCUUCCCUAUGUUUAUGUGAACUCAUCUGGGACCAUUAAGAACUUUAAGCCUAUCCAGGUGGUGUCUGCCUGCAGCUUACAGACAUAUGCUUUUCCAUUUGAUAUUCAGAAUUGCAGCCUAACCUUCAAUAGCAUUCUGCACACAGUGGAAGAUAUAGACCUGGGCUUUCUGAGGAACAGAGAAGACGUUAAGCAUGACAAAAAAGCAUUUUUGAAUGAUGGUGAAUGGGAGCUGCUUUCUGUGUCCUCAACAUACAAUGUCCUGCAGAGCAGUGCUGGAGAUUUUGCACAGAUUCAGUUUAAUGUGGUGAUUCGCAGACGCCCUCUGGCCUAUGUCGUGAGCCUGCUGAUUCCCAGCAUCUUCCUAAUGCUAAUGGACCUGGGGAGCUUCUAUCUGCCACCCAACUGCCGGGCCAGGAUUAUAUUCAAGACCAGUGUUCUGGUGGGCUACACUGUCUUCAGGGUCAACAUGGCUAACGAGGUGCCAAGGAGUGCAGGGAAUACCUCUUUGAUUGGUGUCUUCUUCACAGUCUGCAUGGCCUUCUUGGUUCUCAGCUUAUCCAAGUCAGUUCUCUUGGUCAAAUUUCUCCACAACGGACAGUGCAGUGGGUGGGAACAGCCCCUCUUGUGUCUUCAAAGGGAUGCUGAUGCUGAUGAAUCUAGAGUGGACCCCAGGGCCCAGUGUGCUGGGGUAACAGAGUCCCCAAUUUAUCAAGAGCACCAGGCCCAGCCGGGGACCCUAAAGGAAGUCUGGUUUCAGCUUCAAUCCAUCAACAACUACCUCCACACUCAGGACCAGAUGGACAAGCAAGAGGUUGCGUGGCUGGCACUCCUGUACCGCUUUGACCAACUGCUCUUCCGAAGCUACCUCACCAUGCUGGGACUCUAUACUGUCACCCUGUGUUCUCUCUGGGUUCUGUGGAGUGGCUUGUGAAAACUGAAACUGCUCGUUUUAGUCACCAUGCUGUCAUUGCACUUAGGGCAGCUGAAAAUAUUUCUGAGGGGAGACGGAAGGGGGAGGAAUGGUAUGUUUAAAAGCUUCCCACCCACCUCCUUUACCUCUUUUCAUUGAGUCCAAAAACACACCCUAUGGACAACAGAGGAUCCAGAAAUAACCUGUUCAGGAUGAAAAUGUAUAAACAGAACAAGGUAUAUAGUAAGAGUAAGCCUGUACUCCCUGGGAACCUAGAAACCCCCUUCAGAAAAUUCCUAGGCACAGGCUUGCUUACAUGCAUGCUUAAAUAGUUCUUAUCAGCAUACUGUCACUCCAUCUCCCAGUUCUGCCUUUGUCAUUUAUUCAACAAAACCUUUAUUGAGUGUUAAGAACCAGGAAUUUCUCAGCGGUUCCACCACCUGCCUUGCAAGCACAAGGACCCGAGUUCUAUCCCCAGUACCAAAAAAA